UUCAGGGUAUAAGUUGAUAGAAACAUCAGAAUUGACGACUGCUGAAGGAGCGAGGACGGGAAGAGGGAUGGGGGUAACAAUGGAACAAGUUGAAACAUCCUUGAAGGCCAAAUUGAAUCCCUCACAUAUAGUAGAUUGAAAUAUAAAGUUUCCUACCAAACCAAUGGCUAUGGAGUUGCACUUGUACUGUAUUUCUAUGGCUUUUAAGCAUGAAGUUAUGAACCAGAAGACUUAAAGGAGAAAAAAGUUUAUGGUUUGGGAAGUCGUUGAUACCUCUGGAGGUUGCGGAGCCAGUUUUGCAAUUGAGAUCGUAUCAGAACAGUUUGAAGGGAAGAGACUACUUGAGAGGCAUCGAAUGGUGAAUGCUGCUUUGGAUGAGGAAAUGAAACAGAUUCAUGCUCUCUCUAUCAAGAAAGCUGUGACCCCAGAGCAGUGGAAACAACAGCAAGAGUCCGCCAAAUCUGAUGCUGCUGCUGCUUAGCUUUGAGAAAUGAGAAAAGUUGAAAAUCUAGCUGCUUUAUCUUCCCUCAGUUAUUUUGUAAUAAGAAAUCCCAAGUUUCUGGGUACUGGUUCUGUGUAACCUCGUUAAUGCUCAAAUCUCUGACCAAUGAUUAUAUACUGAAUUUUAACAUACAGAAUGUCCGAUUAUGGAUAAGUUUAA